UCACCGCGGUCCCUCGCGUUGCCAUGGAGGCGUUGCAUGGAGGCGUUGCCAUGACAGCGGCCACAACAAACCCAGAGCGGCGUGCACUCCGCUGGGCCAGAGGGCCUCUGCAGCCAGCGAUGGCUCACAGCACAUACAACGCGCUGUGGGCAGAGGCCAAUGCCGGGAUAGCUCACCUCUUUGGCCAGGAGCUGCCACCAGAGCCUCCACGGCCCGAGAAGGACCGCCUGGCCGCCUUCCAGGUGCUGGCCACGCUCUACCUGCGCUACCUGGGCAUCACCCGGGGCCUGGAGGCCGCCCACGACCAGGUGGUGCAGCCUCAGAAGCGGCGCAUCCUGCGUCACCUGCUGGACGGCGUCAUGGGCCGGCUGCUGGAGCUCAAGCAGGAGAUGGUGGUCCUCGAGUGCUCCGAGUUUCACUACGUGGAUGACGUGCUACAGGACUUCAAGCUCACGCCUCAAGACCUGGAGAUUCCUGUUCCCAAGUAUUUUAUCAAUGAUCGUUUAAAAAUCAUCAAGGAGCGGGAAAAGCUUCUUGAAACGGUGCUGGAAAAGAUGGGAAUGGAAGAUGUAGAAAAGAAGCAAGUUAAGGAUGAGAAGCCGAUGUCCCUGGAGGAGGCGGUGAGAAUUGUCCAGGUGACAGAGAGAGCCCGCCAGGGCAGGCUGCGUGCCAAGUUCAUGCAGGAAAUCAGGAUGGAGGAGGAGCGAGAACGCAAGGCCAAGGAACGUGGAGCUGUUACCAUGGAUAUCACUGUAGCAGCUGUCAUCAUCCAGAAGAUGUGGAAAGGUUUCAUGCAGAGGAGACGAACAAAGCGAGAAAGGGAGGAAGAAAUUAUUUUUCUCGGAAUGACAUUGCCUUCAAAUCUGCCGAAGAAAAGCCUAGCCCAAGUGAAUGCCGAGAAAGUGGAGGCACUGCGGCGGCUGACUCAGGACGAACACGAGACGGAAUACCAGCAGGGCAUUGUGUCCAUCAAGCAGAAGCUGCUGGAGGUGGAGGGGCCCGAUAUGAAGGAAGCCAUGCAGGAGCAGAUUCGGCAGUGGUUCAUCGAGUGUAGGGAUGCAACUGGAAAGUUUCCCGAGUAUCCCGAUGAAGAGGAUGGAGGAUCUGCAUUAAUUUUUGCUGAAAAGACACCAGAAGAGGUAGCAGCAGAACUUGCUGCCAAAGAAGCAGAGCAACAGAAUCCAAAGGAUAAGAAGAAGUCUGGGAAGAAAGGGAAAAAGGGGAAAAAUGAGAAAAAGGAAAAAGGAAAGACAAAAGGGAAAGGAAAGAAAUCUAAAGCAGGAGACGAGGAGGAGGAAGAAGGGUGGAAAAUGGCCCCCUCCAAUUUCCUUCCGACUAUUUCUGAAGGUCACAAAACCUACACGGAUGUCUGGCAGAACCGCGACGAAUCCAACAAUUUCAGCCAAAAAUUCAAUGCAGAGCUGGUAAAAGAGGAAAUGAGGAAGAAGGUUGAAAACGAGAUCAGAAAACAGGUGGAUGAGUUGAUGCGAGAAGAGCUCAGGAACCUGAAACUCGUUGUGGAAAAAGACCGUGGCAAAAAAGGAAAGAAGAAGAAAGGUGGAACGAAGAAAAAGAAUAAAAAGGGCGGUAAGAAGAAGAAGAAGAAAGAAAAGGACCUGACACCUGACAGGACCAUAGAGUCGUUGUUUGAGGAGCUGGUCUUGCAGGGAAUUCUGAUCCGCCCACCCAAAGUGCAGCUGUCUGACUUUUUGGGCGAAUACAGCUACCUGGGAACCACUCUGCGGCAAGCGGACAUCGAACCCAUGCCCUCCUUGUCUGACGUCCGACAGCUUGUAGCACUCUACGCCAUCCUGCCUCUAGGCUCCCAGGCCGUCCAUGAAAAGGCGCCACUUGUGAAGUCGAUGCUCUUGACGGGUCCAAACGGGGUUGGCAAACGCACGCUGGUAAAUGCGAUUUGUACCGAAACUGGAGCCAACUUGUUUGACCUUUCUGCCAAGACCAUUGUGGACAAGUACCCGAGCAAGAGCGGCCUCCAAAUGCUGAUACACAUGGUUUUAAAGGUAGCACGCUUACUUCAACCGUCCGUAGUGUUGAUUGAAGAUGCCGAGAAGACUUUCUACAAGAAAGUUCCCAAAGGUGACAAGAAACUGGAACCCAAGCGACUCAAGAAAGAUCUGCCCAAGAUGCUGAAGCUCUUGACAGCCGAGGACCGUGUGAUGCUGGUGGGGACGUCCCGUCAGCCCUUCCUGGCCGACCAGAAGUCCUUCUGCAAGCUUUACCAGAAGAUCGUGCUCAUCCCACGCCCAGACUAUGCCUCUCGCUUCGUGCUCUGGCGCCAUCUGCUCGCGACGAGCUGGGGUGCGGUGACACCGACGCUCGACCUCAGUUCUCUGGCCAAGGUGACCGACGGCUACACGCAGGGGCAGAUGGUGCAGGCGGCGCAGGCUGUGCUGAGCGAACGGCGUGUGCAGCAGUUGGCCAAGCGGCCCCUGACGGCGGGUGAAUUCAUCGGGUCGCUGUCGCGCAUUGACCCCGUCUUCCUGGAGGAGGAGGAAGCCUUCAAGUCGUGGUACGCGAAGACGCCGCUCGGCAAGAAGAGAGCCAAGCUCGCCAGGGGGGACGAGGAGGAGGCGGGUGGCAAGGGCAAGGCUAAGGGCAAGGCGAAGGGCAAGGGUAAAAAAGGCAAAAAGGGAAAGGGUAAGAAGAAGAAGAAGUAACAUCUGCAGAAUGUAUCGGAAUUAAUUUGCAAAGCAAAUAUCUCGCGAGUAGUUCACACCUCCAUUUCGACUCCCAACAUGUGAUCUACCUACACUCCCAUAACACCCCUUCCACCUGCGUCCCCAACAGCCCCUCCAAGGGGUGGUGCAAUGGUCACCGUUGUGCCUCAUCGCAAAAAUGUUUCUGGAUUAAAUCCCUGACUUGGGUGCCUUUCUGUGUGGAGUUCGCUAUGCUCGGCCACUAUUCUGCUUGGGGUUUUCUCCGGGUUCUGCGACUUCCUCCCAUAACAUAGAAACCCCAUGCAAUGUAACUUGUAUUUGGUCAAACAUUCCAAAUUGUGAAAACAUAUCAGGAAAAGUAUUCGUUCGUGUUUACACGUCGCAACACCGCCCCCUGUUGCGCAACUUAGCACGACUCUGAAACAGAGUGAAGACUCGGCUAGGUUUUCCGCUUUCCUGUGUUAACGAGCAUGAUAAUAUAUGGACACACACAUAGUCACCGCUCCCUCUUCCCCUUUCGUCCCCCUCCCUCUCCGCCCCCCACCGUACAUAUUGAUUCUGUUGUUGAGUCAAUAAACUAUUGAAUAAAAAAAAUGA